CAAACAGCAAGACCUGGUCCCUGAACUAGGCUCUCGUGUGGGGGAUGUGCCAGUGCAUGUCUGCCUAGCUUCUUAUGCCAUCCAUCAGAAAAACUGUUUAAUCUGCUGGGGUCAGGGGACUCCCCCUACACAAAUGGGGAGCAGAGAGGGAUGCUGAGGGUGGAGGCUAGGCGUUUUGGGACCAUGCAGUUAGUAAGAGCUUGUGACCCCCCCCCCCAAUUUUCCUUUCAAGGUCACUCUUAGAAAGGGGAAGAGAACAAGCCCCAGAGAUUGAGACAGAGAGGAACUAAGGGGACGGGGUGACCCUGGGGCCAGGACUUGGGGGAGGGACCAUGCUAGGCUAUUGGAGGGGCUAUUUCCCUACUCCCAUGAUGAAAUAUUUUCCUGGAAACCUGGCUAGCAAAUAGGAAGCCCAGGGCAGUGGCUGGAAAGAAAGGUUGAGAUGCCACCAGCAGAGAGGCUAGAUUUGGGUGCCCCUAGGAAAGAAGAGCUCUCCCCAAGCCCACCUAAGCCAUGAAUCUAGGGGUUCCCCAGAGAGGGUGGAGAGGCUCUCCAGCUUGGCCUCAGUUAUCAUCCUUGUCAACUAUUGCUGCAGAUGUUUGUUUACUGCCCUUCUCCCUCUUACUCUCUGCUGUCUCCUCCACUUCAUUUCCUUCCUUCCAUUGUCAUCACUGUCCCUGACCCCUCUCAUCCUCUUCCCUGCCUUUGACUGUCUUUCCCUCCCUCUCAAUCGAACUUCCUCCUCCUUCCCUCCGGUUCUCCACCCGCUGCCUGUUUCCCAGCUUAUAAACUGCUUCAUCUGCUGGAUAAAAAUAGCAGUGGCAGCGGCCAGGCUGGCAGCCAGCAGGUGCCAGAGGGAGAGAUCAGUCAGCCAGGCAAAACCAAGAACACCAUCACCAUGACUACCAAUCACCAGCCUCAGGACAGAUACAAAGCUGUCUGGCUUAUCUUCUUCAUGCUGGGUCUGGGGACACUACUACCCUGGAAUUUUUUCAUGACGGCCACUCAGUAUUUCACAAAUCGCCUAGACAAGUCCGAGAAUAUGUCCUUGGUCACUGCCAGACCGAGCAAGGAUAUCCAGGCCUCAGCUGCCCCCGCAGCACACUUGCCAGCGCGGAACUCUCUCAGUGCCAUCUUUAACAAUGUCAUGACCUUAUGUGCCAUGCUGCCCCUGCUGCUCUUCACCUGUCUCAACUCCUUCCUGCAUCAGAGGAUCCCCCAGUCUGUACGGAUCCUGGGCAGCCUGGUGGCCAUCCUGCUGGUGUUCCUGAUUACUGCCAUCCUGGUGAAGGUGCAGCUGGAUGCUCUGCCCUUCUUUGUUAUCACCAUGAUCAAGAUCAUGCUCAUUAACUCAUUUGGUGCCAUCCUGCAGGGCAGCCUAUUCGGUCUGGCUGGCCUUCUGCCCGCUAGCUACACAGCCCCCAUCAUGAGUGGCCAGGGCCUGGCAGGCCUCUUCUCCUCGGUGGCUAUGAUCUGCGCCAUUACCAGUGGCUCGGAACUGUCAGAAAGUGCCUUCGGCUACUUUAUCACAGCCUGUGUCGUUAUCAUUUUGACCAUCAUCUGUUACCUGGGUCUUCCCCGCCUGGAAUUCUACCGCUACUACCAGCAGCUCAAGCUCGAAGGGCCUGGGGAGCGGGAGAUGAAGUUGGACCUCAUUACCCAAGGAGAGGAGCCAAGAGCAGGCAAAGAAGAGUCCAGAGUUUCAGCCUCCAACUCUGAGCCCACCAACAAAAGCCACCCUAUCCGAGCCAUCCUCAAAAACAUCUCAGUCCUGGCCUUUUCUGUUUGCUUCAUCUUCACUAUCACCAUUGGGAUGUUUCCCGCUGUGACCGUUGAUGUCAAGUCCAGCAUCGCGGGCACCAGCAACUGGGGAGCCUACUUCAUUCCUGUGUCCUGUUUCUUGACUUUCAAUAUCUUUGACUGGCUGGGCCGGAGCCUCACAGCUAUAGUCAUGUGGCCUGGAAAGGACAGCCGCUGGUUGCCAGGUCUGGUGCUGGCCCGGCUGCUGUUCGUGCCCCUGCUGAUGCUAUGCAACGUCCAGCCCCGCCAGCACCUGGCUGUGGUCUUUGAGCAUGACGCCUGGUUCAUCAUCUUCAUGGCCGCCUUUGCCUUCUCCAAUGGCUACCUUGCCAGUCUCUGCAUGUGCUUUGGGCCCAAGAAAGUGAAGCCAGCUGAGGCAGAGACAGCAGGAGCCAUCAUGGCCUUCUUUCUGUGUCUGGGCCUGGCACUGGGGGCUGUCUUCUCCUUCCUGUUCCGGGCAAUUGUGUGACCAUGGACAGACAGAAGGACUGCACUGCCUGCUUGCCUUCUCCCCCCUUCCUUCUGCUGGGCAUGGCAGGGGUGGUCUGGAGGUUUUUCUCUUCUUUCUCACGGCUGGUGCUGGGCCUGGAUGUCCAGGCCCUGCGGAGGGAGCUUCUGUGGAUGGACAGUGGGAACAUUGUGGGCUUGAGGGUCAGAGUCAAGGGGGCACACUGUGCAUCUGCUUGAGUUUCUCCACCCUUGGCUCUGAUCCCUGCUUGAAUGGGGCAUCAGGGGUUCUUGGGCUCAGAGAGUAUGCGUGUGUGUGUCUGUGUGUCUGUUUGCCUAUACCAGGGAUAGCCAGGGGUCAGGACUGACCGUUUUAUGGUCUGAUCUGAUAUUUCCCUCCCUCCUUUUUUCUCCCCAUGUGCCUCAUCACCCAUUCUCUCCAUGUCCCCUUCCCAGCUCUGCCUGCCCAGUUCCUACCCAUCAUGCACUUUGUACAGUUGCCAUUUUAUUGCCUUUUUUUUAUAUUUGACAGAAACCAGGUGCCUUCAGAGGCUCUCUAAUUAAACCAUUUUUUUCCCCCUGCAUGGUUCCCUGUGUCCUCUAGUUACAGUUUCAUGCCCUGGAGAGGGUAGACGGCUGGCAGCAUGAUUUGGGGGGCAUGAAUGUGACCCAGCUGGGCCUUGGCCAAGCCUGGGCCUGGGUUGAGGGGAGUUGGUGGGAGGGCUGCUCUUGGCCUCAGAGGGGCAGCAGUGCCCCCUGCUGGGGCCACCGGGGAGGGAUAGCCCUGGAAUCAGGACAUAAGGACUAUUGGCCCAGACUGAGAAAGGCUGUUUUUCUUUGCUGAUUCAUCCCUUUAUAGGACUGGGGAUGAAGACAGCUCCCUGUUUUUUCUUUGUCUUCACUGCCCCCCACCCCACUCUGUCCUCAGCCCCUGGAGUGAGCCUUGCAGAACUAGCAAGCUCCUGGCUGUACUCCCACACCCCCAGGCAGGAAGAGACUGAGGCCUGAGGGUUCUCCCCUACCUGGCAUCCUGCCCUGACACCAAAGCUCAGCCUGCCAGACUUCCUGGGGAACAAGGGGCCUAUGUGUCCUCACACUGAAGUCAAGCCUUCCCCUUUUCAACCCCCAAUUCUGGUCUAGAGAAGGGUGGAUUGAUAGGAGACUAUGGGAGUUUCUCAGUGGAGAGGGCCCUAACACUUCUCAAGAAAGCCUUCCUGACUGGAGGUGAGUGCAGAAUUCUGGCCAUGGUGUGCCACUCUCUUCCACCCCGCGCUCCACCACCACACCCCUGAGUGGCAGACUCCUCAGGAAGGCAGAAGGCUCAGCCCCAACUGCUCAUUGAUCCCUGACCAGAUUGCUACAGAAUUGGCACCAUUGUCCUGUGUUUCCUUUUUCACAAGAGUUUAAUUUAAUUGAAGGCUUCAGACCUCAUUAAGGGCUGUUAGCACAUUUUUAAGGCUCUUUGAUGAGCUGUGAAGCCCUAAUGGGGGAGCUAAGUAUACAGUUGUACUGGAAAUAAGUCCAUGUACUAAUUUGUCUAACCAGAGUAUAUACAUGAGGUGGUGGAAAACAAAGUAUUCCUUUCCUAUCAGAUUCCCUGAGGGUUCUUUCUCUGAUUAUCAGUGCCCUUUGGCCGUGACUCAAGCUGAAAAUACAAAACUGAAAGCUCUUUCUCCUCUUGUGGCCCUCAGUCCUCCCAAAUUUCCACAUUGUACCCAAACCCCCUGAACGCCCUACUGAUGUCCUUCCUCAGCACCAGCUGCCUCAUCAGAUUCUGUAUUUCUUCCUGAAGUCUUUUUACCACCUUCUGCCCAGACUUUUGGGACUUCCUCCCAGGUCUUCCAAUCUAUCCCAUAUUUGGCCACAAGAAUAAUUUGAAAUCAAAUUUAGGGGUAUUUUGGUCCCUCACCCUGGGGCAUGCUUUUGUCUCUCCAAGCAUUUCCUGAGCCUACACCAGCAACAGGGUCUUGCUCUGUCACCCAGUCUGGAGUGCAGUGGUUUAUAGCUCAUUACAGCUUCAAUUCCUGGGCCCAAGCAAUCCUUUUCUGCCUCCUGGGUAGAAGGAGAAGAUUACAUGUGCACCUGACCAUGCCCGACCAACUUAUUGUAGAGAUGGGGGUCUCACUUUAUUCCCCAGGCUACUCUAAAACUCUUGGCCUCAAGCGAUCCUCCUGCCUUGGCCUGCCAAAGUGCUGGGAUUACAGGUAUCCAUUCCAUAUUUUUACCUUACUUCAGCUAUCAGGCUCUUAUGUUUUUUGAGGGUAGGGUCUAAUUUUUAUGCAUGUGUUAGCUUUUCAAGCUGUAUUAUAUUAUACCUGGCUCCCAGAGAUAAUUCAGAAAAUGUUUGCUUCAUUGCAUUUCUGUUUUUUUUUUUUUUUUGCAGUUUUUGGCCAGGGCUGGGUUUGAACCCGCCACCUCCGGCAUAUGGGGCUGGCACCCUGCUCCGUUGAGCCACAGGCGCUGCCCGCUUCAUUGCAUUUCUUUGUCCCAAGGUGGAACUUGUCCCUCCUCACAGUCUGCACAUUCCUUACACCAGUGGCAUGGUAACACUCAUUGCCUGUGAGAUGAGAGAGAGAUAACAUGUUAAGUAGAUUCCUCUCAACCCCAGCACUGAUUUGAAGGAAGAAGAAAAAUAUUUAGGAUAUGGUCACUUUCUCCCUUCCUGUACUUAGAAUGAUGUUAAAGAAUAUUCUUACCUUCAGGGCAGCGCCUGUAGCUCAAGGAGUAGGGCGCUGGUCCCAUAUGCCGGAGGUGCUGGGUUCAAACCCAGCCCCGGCCAAAAACCACA